CCCAAAUGGCAAUCGCAGAUCCCAAGAAAGGGGAGAAUGCAAAUAAUUAGGCAUGAUAGAAAUGUGAGAACUUUUUGAGUGGAAAUGUCAAUUUCGUGAAAAAAGGAAGGAAUUGUAAUUAUAAGUCUUGGGGACAAAGCGUAAAAUAUGUCAAACUAAAUAAACUGCCUUUUUUCCCUCCCUUUUUUCUUGCUCUUUUCCUGUUGCUGAUGAGAGGUUUCUUGACUUUUUCAUGAGCAAAGUUACAACUUACAAGCCCAGUCCUGUUUUCCUGGGUCUUUACAAGAUUAAACAAAGCAAAAAGGAAAAUGUAGUAUCAGUAGUAGUAGAUGAAGCAGAUGGAUGGGCAACUCAGGCGUGUGUGUUGUAGUCUUGUUGAUAUAUCAAAAAGAAAAGGCAAAGCAUGACCCACCAAUGAGACCCAUUGCUUUGGACAGUUGCAAUCCAUGGUUUGAACAUCACUUGUUUGACGAAAAUGGCCAAAGAGCUUCACCAACAGCAACAUCUCCAACUGGGUCUUUGUCUCUCUUCUCUCUUCCUUCUCUUAACCCCACCACCCUUCUUUUCUCUUUCUAAAAAUACCAUUUUUCUCCCCCUUUGGUUUCUCUUCUCCCCAUGGACAAGAACAACCACCUCCACCACCACCAGCACCACCAGCAGCAGCAGCUGUCCUUGGCCAAGUGUUCACGUCAGCGAUGCAACGAAUGGAUUUUUCGGGAUGUUCCAAGUGAUAUUACAAUAGAAGUGAGUGGAGGGAUGUUUGCACUACAUAAGUUCCCUCUCGUCUCUCGAAGUGGACGAAUACGGAAAUUAGUAGCAGAACGCAGGGAUUCUGAAAAUUCUAGGAUUGAGCUUCUCAGUCUACCUGGAGGUGCCGAGUCAUUUGAGUUGGCAGCAAAAUUCUGCUAUGGUGUUAAUUUCGAAAUCACCUCUGCAAAUGUUGCACAGCUAUGUUGUGUUUCAGAUUACCUCGAGAUGACUGAGGAAUUUUCAAAAGAUAAUCUUGGUUCCCGUGCUGAAGAGUAUCUUGAAAGUGUUGUCUGCAAGAACCUUGAAAUGUGCGUGGAAGUUUUGCAACAAUGUGAAAACCUACUCCCUCUUGCCGAUGAGCUGAAGAUAGUUGGCCGAUGUAUAGAUGCAAUAGCCUCCAAAGCAUGUGUAGAGCAAAUUGCUUCAAGUUUCUCGCGCUUGGAGUAUAGCAGCUCUGGGAGGCUUCACAUGAACCGGCAGGCCAAAUGUGAUGGGGACUGGUGGAUAGAAGAUCUUUCUGCUCUUCGCAUUGACUUGUAUCAGAAAGUCAUAACAGCCAUGAAGUGCCGUGGAGUCCGCCCUGAAAGCAUUGGUGCGUCACUUGUGAACUAUGCCCAGAAGGAACUGACAAAGAAAUCCAGUUUAUGGAAUCCAUCUGGCCAGCAGAAAGUUGAGUUGGUUGCUGGUUCAAGUGUGCACGAGCGACUCGUGGUUGAGACAAUUGUCAGCCUUCUGCCAGUUGAAAAACUUGCUGUUCCCAUUAGUUUUCUAUUUGGGAUUUUACGAAGCGCCGUGAUGCUUGAUUGCUCAGUUGCUAGUAGGCUUGAUCUUGAAAGGAGAAUCGGGUCCCAAUUGGAUAUUGCUACUCUGGACGAUCUUUUGAUCCCAUCAUUCCGGCAUGCUGGUGAUACCUUAUUUGAUGUUGACACAGUGCAUAGAAUUUUAGUAAAUUUCUCUCAGCAAGAUGACAGUGAAGAAGAUAUGGACGAUGCCUCUGUUUUUGAAUCUGAAAGUCCUCCUUCACCCUCCCAAACAGCAUUGUUCAAAGUUUCAAAACUAGUGGAUAAUUACCUUGCUGAAAUUGCCCCUGAUGCAAACCUCAAGCUUUCAAAGUUCAUGGUCAUUGCAGAGACUUUACCAGCACAUGCACGUACUGUUCAUGAUGGUUUAUAUCGAGCCAUUGAUAUCUACCUAAAAGCCCAUCAAGGUUUAUCUGAUCCAGACAAGAAGAAGCUCUCCAAACUGAUUGAUUUCCAAAAGCUCUCACAAGAAGCUGGCGCACAUGCUGCACAAAACGAGCGCCUCCCUCUCCAAUCUAUAGUCCAAGUCCUCUAUUUUGAGCAGUUACGGCUCAGAAAUGCCUUAUGCACAUCUUAUGCAGAUGAGGACCAGAAGCCAGUGCACCAGUCAUGGCGGAUCAGCAGUGGUGCUCUCAGUGCAGCAAUGUCACCAAGAGACAACUAUGCAUCAUUAAGGAGAGAAAACCGAGAGCUAAAACUUGAGCUAGCUCGGUUACGAAUGAGAUUAAAUGAUCUGGAGAAAGAGCAUGUUCAUAUGAAGAGGGAUAUGGAGAAAUCUCAUUCUCUUAACUUCAUGAGUUCCUUUUCAAGGAAGAUUGGUAAGCUGAACUUUUUUGGACAUAGUUCUUCAAGAGGAUCGAGUUCUCCCUCGAAGCAUUCACAAAGAACAGAUUCUAAGGUUAUUGAGAGAACUUGAAUAACCAUGGUUUAGGUAAUUUACACAACCCAGGUUCUUUUCUCUAUAUCUGUUGAGUAAUUGGAAGUCCUGCUUUUGAUGACCUUUUUUUCCUUUUCGCCAUUUUUCAUUUCUUUUUCCCACCUUGUAUAUGAGUUAUGGUGCUUUGAGUUACCAACCGUAGGGUCUUUUUGUUGGAAGUGAUUGAUUUUGGUGAGUUUAACUUUGAUAUUGUUUAUAUUCCACAUAGUCAGAAUGAAAUCUUUCAACGUUAAUAUGCAAGAAAAGCUUGUUUACAGUUGUUUUACUGAAA